GUAUGGAUUAGUAUUUUCAUAUACAAACAACCUAAUUCACCCACCACCACAACACACGCUUUUUGAGGAACACUGUCCCCGACAACGUAGUCCAAUAAAACCACGACUCUAAGUAAAGGGGAUUUGCCAGUUUUUACCGUAGAUAAACAAACUCGUAAAAGAAGGGCGAAACAAAACAAACAAAAAUUCUACAGAAAUUCGGAAACCCCAGAUCUCUCUCUCCUCUUCCGCUCGCUCCUCAAUCGGUGAAGCCGUUUUUGUUGAAGCUCCGCCGCCGGCAUCCUACGUACCCUGAACUCUCCGGCGGAUAUAUCGGCGAUCAGCGUGAAAAAUGAGCAACGACAACCUCCUUCAAAUCGAGCCGCUCGAGCUUCAAUUCCCAUUCGAGCUGAAGAGGCAGAUCUCGUGUAACAUGCAAUUGACCAACAAAUCCGAUAAUUAUGUUGCAUUCAAGGUGAAGACUACGAAUCCGAAGAAGUAUUGCGUGAGGCCCAACACUGGAGUUGUGGUUCCCCACUCUACCUGUGACGUUAUGGUUACGAUGCAAGCCCAGAAAGAGGCUCCGCCAGACAUGCAAUGCAGGGACAAAUUCCUUCUCCAGAGUGUUGUAGUGAGCCCGGGAUUGGCUGCGAAAGAUAUUACUGCUGAGAUGUUCAACAAGGAGUCUGGAAAUAAAGUUGAUGAAUGCAAGUUGAAAGUUGUGUAUGCUGCGCCCUUACAACCUCCUUCGCCUGUCCGGGAGGGAUCUGAAGAAGGUUCUUCCCCAAGGGCAUCGAUAUCGGAAAAUGAAACAGUGAAUCAGACUUCUGAUUUAAAUGAUAUAAGAAUUCCUGAUCCCAAGAGGAUGAAGACGUCGAAAGGAUUUUCUGAGGCUCAGGAGAAUACAUCUGAGUUUAAGUUGAUUUCUAGGCUUACUGAGGAGAAGAAUUCAGUUAUUGUGCAAAAUCACAAGCUUCAGCAAGAAUUGGAACUUUUGAGGCGUCAAAGGAGCCGGAGCCAUGGGGGUAUCCCGUUUAUGUACGUCGUCAUUUUACUUUUUUGUCCUCACUUUUGUCGUGCUGCUCUCGGGCUAACCUGCGCCGUCGCGCUCUCAGCUGAGAUUCCCCCAAAAUCAAAUCGAGGUUCAAACUUCAAAGUGGAAGUGAGUGCUAAGGGUAUCCCGUUGAAACACCGGCAGCCGGCGAUCACGGCCUUCGCUAGUAAGCAACUAGAGCGAAUCGACGAUGGUGGCGUAGCUGACGAGGUAAUUUGUUAUGAGAUUUCACUUUUCGACGAACAAUUAUUGGCUACGCUCUCGUUUUGA